AUGAGCUACGCCGUCGUGGCGCGCUGCCGCCGCGGCUUCGCGCGCCUAGCACGCGACACGGGUGCUGCGCUCGUCCCCGUCAUCGGCGUCGGAGAGACGUACCUCGCCGGCCGCCCCACGCUGUUUGCACGCGUCUUCAAGGCCCUCAAGCCCUUCCGGCCCUACCCUCUGAAGGUGGUGUUCGGGCAGCCCAUCGAGCCGAAGGACGGCGAGACGGCCGACGAGCUGCACACGCGCUACUGCGACGGCCUCCUGGCCCUGGCGAAGCAGCACAACGUGCCCCUGCGCAUCGUGGAGUGA